AUGGUUGAAGAAUUUAAUGGACGAUGGAUAGAACCUAUUUUUGAUAACUUUGAUGAAUAUUUAAAAGAGUGUGGAAUAAGUUUUUUGUUAAGAAAAUUAGCACAAAAAAUUAGGGAUAUUUUAGUUAUUGAAGUUGUUGGUAAUAAAUUUACCCAUUUAUCAUUAAAUUCUUUCAAAAAUCAUACUAUAACAUGGACAUUAGGUGAAGAAACAUUAGUAGAAACUAUAGAUGGAAGAAAAGUAUACUCAACUUUUACUUUUGAAAAUGGUAUUCUUAUAGAAAGACAACGUCCUGUUAAAGAAGGUGAUAAAAUUUCACUUAUUACUAGAGAAAUUAAGGAUAAUAAAUUAAUUGUAACUUUUAAUUGUAAUGGUGUUAUAGCAACACAUAUUUAUAAGAAAGAAUAA